AGACAUCAGCACAUAUGGAGAACACGCUCACUUGCAACAACCUCAAGUGCAGAAAGGAGCUGACCGAUCGGGCGCUCGUGACGACUUGCAGUCACAUAUUCUGCAUUGAAUGCGUUCAGCGACUCGGCCUCAUAGGGCAAGAUAACCAGAGACGCAACACUUGCCCUGUAUGCAACGCCCAGCUGGCCAAGGCAGAGGAUAUCGCCUUCAACAAUCUCAACCCCACUGAAGAGUUCAAAACAUGCGUGCUCAGCGGCUUGAGCCCCAACAUCGUCAUGGAAUGCGCAGGACGGGCCAUUAGUUUCUGGGCGUAUCAAACAACCCAGAACCUGCAUUACCAGCAGUACUUGUACAAGACACUCUCGGAAAAGUACUCGGCCUUGUGGGCUCGAUGUGAUCAGAUCAGCAGGGACUCGGAUGCCAAACUGAACAGUCUGUGCGAAAAGCUAGAGAGUGUGACCGCCUCACGAGAUGUUUUGCAGCGGAAGAACGAGGAGCUCGCAGAAGCAUUCAAAGACAAGAGUCGGAAGCUGUUCCAAACGCAAGAGCUUUAUACUAAAGUCAAGAGGAAGGCCGAAUUGGGCCGGAUUGAGCGAGCGGCGUCGGAUGCUGUGGACAGCUCCAUUCGUUCAUGGGUUGCGAUUUGA